AUGUCAGUGCACCACACAGGCUCAAGUGGAUCUAGUGGUGGUGGUGGAAUAGGAAGCGUAUUCAAAUCAUUCACUAAAUCGCUCAAAACUACUUCGUCCAGUUCAUCUAAGAAUGUUGUGCCUGUUCUGAUCAACCCAACUGUCGUUGGUGGUGGUCAGGAUUUACAACUUAUUAUUCAACAGUUAACUACAAAUUCUAGUAAUACAGUCAAACUAACGGCGUUAAUUAAGUUGACUGAAUCCAUAAGCAAGUACCUGAUUAGUUCAAUUCCGGAGAUUUGGUACUUGGUCCAUGACUUGUGUGACGGUAGGAAAAAUCCCACAAACAUAAGGAGACAAGCUUUAAAAUUGUGUAUUGAAUGUAUCAAGAGUGAUGAUAGUAAAGGUGUUGGUGCUAAACUAAACUAUUUUAAUGAUAUAGUGAAGUAUUGUCGAUUUAAAUCUGGUAGUACCAGCGGCAAUGUACUGAUUGUUGAUCCUGAUUUCGAUUUGUUUUUGCAAGCACUAGUGGCAUUGUCCGAUAAUGGACGUGAUAUUCAUGACUUUGUAAUAUAUGAUGAUAAACAUAAUUUAAAUGUUUUCUUAGAGGACAGUUUGGUUGGAUUCAAAGGUGUUGCUGGUAAAUACAACUUCCAAAGCGACGAUCAAGACACGGAAUUAAUGCAUAAAGAUCGUGAUUUUAGGACAUUAAUUAACUUGAUUGAGUUUGUCAAGAAUUGUCUUAAUUUUAACUACACAUUGCUAGAAGAACUGUUUGUUAAUGCUAUGAUUUACAGACUCAUACGGAUAGGCUCCAAGACUUCUAACUUGACCAUUCUUACAUCAGUGGUAAGUUCAUUGAAUAUCAUAUUUCUGUUUGGAAAUCCACCAAUAGAAUACUUCCUGAAUAUUAUCCAAUUUUUAACAUCGAUAUACGGAUCAAGCAUAGACGAAAGGUUAAACUUGUUAGUUUGGGAAUCAAUUGUAAGUUUAUGUUUGCAGGACUCAAUCCAGCUAGUUGUUUCAACAUUAUGUGAUUUCAUUCUGAAUCCAGAUUUACAAAGGUCUAGAUCGGAUGCUACUGCUAACACUGCUAUAUAUUCUUCUAUUGGUGCAUUCCAAUUGAUUGUUAAAAUUCAAAUCAAGAAUGCAAUUGAGGGAAAUAGUAUGGACUCGACUUAUUUCAAAGUAAUACGGGCAUUGAAAUCAGCAUUAUCCUUCAAUAUUCCCAUCAUCAACACAUCGUAUUUACGUAACUUCGACAAAUUGUUAGCCAAGGAAUCUUAUUUGGACAACUUUGGUUUGAAGUUUCAAGAUUCGAUGGAUAAAAUACUCCCAUUUCAAUUGUGGUAUUCUUCAAAUUGUUCGAUUUAUGAUUCUUUGCGGAAGUUGAAAGUCAAUUCUGAUCAAGAUAUUGAUUAUUUUCAAAGUAUCUGUGUGUCAUUGCAGUCUUUGUAUGAAAAUCAUGAAUUAAGUACACCUAAAGAUAAAUUGAUUGACUUUUUUAUGGCCUACAGUCCAUAUUUACCUAACCUGACAAUAUUAUUCGUGUUGAAGUAUUAUGAUGAUGAAAAAUUAUGUUCGCUUUUAAAUCCUUUUUGGAAAGAUAUUGUGUUGAAGAUUCUAAACCAGUUUUACUAUCAACUUGAAGACAACGAUGUCAGAACUGAAUGUUUGAGAGUAAUUUUGAAUGGGUUGAAGGUGUCUCAUUCGGUUUUUAACAAAGAUGAUAUAAAUUAUGAUAUAAUUAUAGAAAUCUUUAAGAAAUCCAAACGAGAGCCUAAAGGUCCGGUAAUAUCCUUUCUCACAAAUGAACUUCUUACCUUCAUUUGUCUUGAAAGUUCACACCAAGUUUUCCAACAAUUAGUAAGCAUAAUAAUGUCAUUAUACAUCGAAAAGAGACCCGUUAGACAAGAGUCAAUAUAUUCCAGAAGUUUCGUCACAUUAAGUUCCCAGGCAUCUUCAGUAACUAAUACUAGUGUCGAUUUCCUCCACGGAAUAACCAAAGGGAUAAUUCAAGUUUUCCUUAGAUGUAUAAUGAAAGAUCCUGGUCGUGCCAAGCAGUGUUUUGACAUUUUAAUUGAAAUCACCGAUACUUGUGCAUCCAAUGGCGAUAUCUUGUUAAUUAUAUGUAAGUUGUUUGUGAGAUUGCGUGUCACUCUGGAAGGAUACGUCUAUGUUACACAACCGAAUGACAUGAUGGGAUUAGCGUCAGCAUUCAAGAGAGAUGUUGCUAGUCACGGUGUAAACUCUAAUGCUAAAUGGGUAUAUCCUGAAUCAGUUGAUUAUCUCAAUGAGAAAUAUUUCAAUCAGAUAAAUAAGCAGUUUAUAUUGUUAAAGCUCGAUGAAGAAGAUGACAAGUAUUAUAUUGAUAUUAAGAAAUGGGUUCAUUUGGCAUUGAGAAUUAUGAAGGAGUUUAUAGAUUGGGAAGUUUAUUCUUUUGUUUGGGGUCAUUUCUGUUGGCAAUUAUCCAAUAUGGAAUUACUUCUGCAUUGUCAAGAAGAAAUUAUUGAAUUUAGACGGAUAGUUUGUGAGCAGUUGACUUUGAAUUUGCCAUCACUGUUGAAGUUGAAUAAUGAAUUGACUAAAUCUGAUUUACAAGUUGUGUUUGUGAGAAGUUUGUCUAGUUUAAUUGGAUAUCACGAAUUGUUUUCCAAGUAUGAUCAGGACCAAAUUAUAAACAGUUUGAUAUUUGGAUUGGGUCAGUCUUGGGACAAGACGGCGAUUCCAUGUAUUAACAUUCUUACAGUAUGUUGUUUUGAAAUUCCAUUGAGUGUGAAGAAAUUCUUGACUACUAUUUUAAUGAAGUUACAAACCACUAUAACAUCAUCAACAAAUGCCAGCUCCCAUAUUUUAGAAUUCUUGAUGAGUUUAGUCCAUUUACCUAUCCUUACUUCAAAUUUUACCAUGGAAGAGUUCAAGCGAGUAUUUGGAAUUGCAUUCAAAUAUAUCGAAUAUGCUAAUGAUUUACGAACCAGAGAAUCACAACCAAGCACAGCAGGGACAGAGACUGAACUUAUUCAAAAGCACGGUGUUGAUGCUCAAGUUGAACAAACUCCAUCCACGCAACCCGUGGGAGAAUUGACUCCAAUCAUGUCACAGUAUAUCCUUCUGAUUUCAUAUAAUGUUAUAGCCAGUUGGUUUCUCAAGAUCAACAUGCAAGAUCGAAAGAAGUUAAGUUCGUUUAUCAUCAAAAAUUUAAUCAGCUGUAAUGGCAAUGUCUUGAAACUUGAUGAACAAACAAUUGGAUUUAUUGAUUUUAUCAUUAGGUUUACCUAUAGUGAUUUACCGUUGACUAUUAUUGGAGUCGAUAAACCUGUGGAGAGUCGUGUAUUGAACAGAUGGAUUAUGGGUAAUUCCAUUUUGAGUAUUGAAACAGACGUGAACAGUGGAGAUUCAGAGGUGAAUGUCAGAAGACCAACCGGUGUGACUAAAUUGAACAUAACAUUGACCCAGGAACAACAAGGACAUAUUACACCUAAUUACUUCUUACUUCAGUUAUUUGAUCAUUUAGAAAGCAAGAAUAAGCCCAUCCCUAUAAUUGAAGAUUCAAUUGUUUCAAGAGCACUUUCUGUAUUAGAUCGUAUUCCUGGAGUCAAGUUUCAUAAAAUUGGUAUAAUAUACAUUGGAAAGGAACAAAACACAGAACAUGAAGUAUUACUGAAUAAAGUGGGAUCACUAGCUUAUCACAAGUUCUUGAACAAAAUUGGAAAUUUAGUAAAGCUAAAGAACAAUCGUGAGAUAUAUGUUGGUGGAUUAGAUAUCGAGAAUGACAUCGAUGGAGAAUUUGCCAGAUACUGGCGGGAUAAAACUACCCAGUUGAUUUUCCAUGUUACUACCAUGAUGACUUGUGACGACGUUCAAUUGAAGAAACGCCAUAUUGGGAAUGAUUAUGUUAAUAUUUUCUUUGAUGAAAGUGGAAGUCAGGAAUUUAACUUUAACCUAAUCAAAAGUCAGUUCAAUUUCUUAAGUAUUGUGAUUAGUCCCUGUGCAAUUAGUAAAGAUAUUUCUAUCGAGGCUAUGAGAAUAAAAGAAGAUUCGAUUGAAAAUGACGAAUCGAGAAAAAGUACCAAGUUUUACAAGGUCAAGAUAUAUAGGAGAUCGGGGGUCCCAGCCAUAUUUUCCACCUGUCAUUUCAAAUUAAUCAGUCAAGAGAAAUUACCCGAAUUCAUCAGAAAUUUGUCGAUCUUGGCCAAUGAAUUUGCUCACAUUUGGCAUACUCAAGGAAGUUACCAUUCCAAUUGGUGUCAACGGGUUAAGCAAUUGAUGAUUGUCAAGAACAAGUCCCUUGACAAUUAUAAUCACCUCAAACAGGAACAACAAGAACAAUUAGACGAUGUUAAUGAAUAUGACACAACACAAUCUUUCUUUGAUCAACUAGGUGGAACGUCGAGCAGUAAAGAUACCAAUAAAGAAUCAAGCCACGAGUACAAGUUUGAAUACAGUAACAGUGAAGAAGAAGAAGAAGAAGGUGUAAAGUUGAAUGAACUUUAUCAAUUAGUAGAAUUUAAUUCUUAUACAUGUUGA